UCGAACUUGCCCUUUCUAAAAAACAAACCUAUACUCUUUUUCUUUUCCCCUUUGGCUCCCCAAGAUUACUCUUUCUCCUCCUUGAAAUCAAGUAUCCUUUGAAGUCAUAGAGGUCCAAGGGUGCUCUCCGAGCUCAGAAUCAAGUUUUAGAAAGGUAAAAAGGUGAAACGAGUAUUGCCAACGUGGAUUUCACUAAUGGAUCGGACUUACGGCAAUAGUUUAAGCAUAUAUUGGUUUCUACUCUUACAAGCCUUGUUGAUUUCGUCCGUCUCAAUAUCUGGAGGAGAUGAUGAUAGGGACAAACUCUCACUUGUUGCUUUCAAGUCAGAAAUAGAGGACCCCCUCAACAUUAUGAGUUCUUGGAAUGCAUCCCAACACUUUUGUAAGUGGCAAGGAGUUACCUGUGGUCGCCGGCACAGGAGGGUCACUUCGUUGGUACUUGAAUCAUGCCAACUGAAUGGUCAACUUUCUUCUCACAUUGGAAAUUUGAGUUUUCUUAGAACCUUGAAUCUCCAAAACAAUAGCUUCAUCCGUGAAAUUCCUCCUGAAAUUUCCAAUUUAUUCAGGUUAAAAACCUUGGCCCUUGGUAACAACUCCUUCAGUGGAAAGGUCCCCACCAACCUAUCUCAUUGCUCCAAUCUUGAAUACCUCGACUUGUCUUUCAACAACCUCACUGCGAAAGUUCCCCAAGAUAUAAGCUUUUUAUCCAAGCUUCGUGUACUUCUUUUGAACGACAACAAAUUAUUUGGGGAAAUACCAGCUUCCCUUGGAAAUCUCUCUCUUGUCAUGAAGAUUCAUCUCGGAGAUAAUAGCUUCCAUGGCGAAAUUCCACACAGUUUUGGCCAAUUGAAAAGUUUAAUAGGUCUCGCGCUUUAUAGAAACAACCUCAAGGGUACUAUCCCUCCCUCAAUUUAUAAUAUCUCAUCUCUCCAAAUCAUUAUGUUUCAAACAAACCAACUUGAAGGAACUCUUCCUUCUGACCUUGGAAACUCUAUUCCAAACAUCCAAGUGCUUAUGUUGCAUGCAAACCGACUUCAAGGAACUCUUUCUCGUGACUUUGGAAACUAUCUUCCAAACCUCCAAGUCCUUACAUUGGCUACCAACUAUUUAAUCGGACCAAUUCCUGUUACGAUCUCAAAUAUGUCACAAGUUACAAUUAUUGAGAUUUCAAGUAAUUUCUUCACGGGAGAAGUACCUAGCCUCGCGAGCCUACCGAAGUUGCAAAUACUUGGAAUUAGUGAUAAUAAUCUGGGCCAUGGUAAAGAUGAUGACCUAAAGUUUCUCUCUUCGCUUGUAAACUGCACAGAUUUACAAGUUCUUGGAAUUGAAAAUAACAGUUUGAGAGGAGUGAUGCCUGAAUCUAUAAGCAAUUUCUCAACAAGGCUCCGGGACAUGAUAUUCGGAAGUAAUCAAAUAAGCGGAAGCAUUCCAACUGGUAUCGGACUACGUCUCGUCAACUUAAUGAGAUUAGGUUUGGAAAACAACGAAUUGACUGGCAUUAUACCGAGCUCAAUAGGUAAAAUGCAAAAGCUAUAUGCGCUUGCAUUGGGAAGAAAUAAGCUCUCCAGUCAUAUCCCAUCCUCUCUAGGAAACUUAACAUCAUUAAGCACGUUCGAUCUCACACUUAACAACAUAGAUGGAAUGAUACCGUCAAGCCUUGGACAAUGUAGGCAAUUGCUUUAUCUUCGUCUCUCAAAAAACAAUCUAAGUGGCCCCAUUCCAAAACAGUUAAUCAGUUUAUCAUCCUUAAUCUUCAUAGACCUGGGUACAAACCAUUUUACUGGUUCUAUCCCCAUGGAAAUGGGCCAACUGAUAAACAUUGUUUAUUUCGAUGUUUCGGAAAAUAAAUUAGUUGGUAAAAUUCCUGAAACUAUCGGUGGAUGCACACUAUUGCGAAAUCUACAUUUGCAGGGAAACUCAUUGCAAGGGACCAUUCCUCGCUCUUUAAGUUAUUUGAGAGGGCUGGAUGAAAUCGACCUUUCUCGCAACAACUUGUCUGGAGAGAUUCCAACAUAUUUUGGAGGCUUUAGAUUCUUAAAGAUAUUGAAUUUAUCGUUUAAUAAUCUAGAAGGCCAAGUGCCUGUCGAGGGAUCAAUAUUCAAAAAUUUAAGUGGUUUUUCCGCUAUGGGGAAUUAUAGGCUUUGUGGAGGUGUCCUUGAAUUGCACUUACCGAGAUGCCCCGCAGAUGGACCUAAGAAGCAUAAACGAUCACCUCCACAAAAGUUAAUCAUCUCCAUUAUUGCUUGCGGACUUGGAUUGAUUUUUCUGAUGUUCACACUACUAUCUCUGUAUUUAUCAAGGAAACGGAAAACUAUGUCAACAUCAGCACAAUCAAAUACAAUGUCAUCCUUACAGCUAUCAUAUGGUGAUCUUGUCAAAGCGACCAAUGAUUUUUCUCCAGCAAACUUAAUUGGCGCUGGGAGUUUUGGAUCUGUGUACAAGGGAAUUCUAACUCCAGAUGAAACAGUUGUUGCCGUGAAAGUACUAAACCUACAAACUUCAAGAGCAUCAAAAAGCUUUAUAGCUGAAUGUAAAGCUUUAAGGAACAUCAGACAUCGGAAUCUUGUCAAAGUUUUAACCGCGUGUUCAAGUACUGACUUUCAAGGAAAUGAUUUUAAAGCUCUGGUAUAUGAAUACAUGGUUAAUGGAAGUCUAGAAGAAUGGUUGCAUGAUGAGGAGAGACAUCUAAGCCUUAUUCAAAGAGUAAAUGUUGCCAUUGAUGUGGCCAGUGCUUUGGAUUAUCUACAUAAUUUUUGCGACACGGCAAUAGUUCAUUGUGACUUGAAACCGAGUAAUGUACUCUUGGACAAGGACCUUACUGCUCAUGUCGGAGAUUUUGGAUUGGUGAGGUUUAUCUCUGAUCCUUCACACCCAUUUUCUUCAAAUCACAGCAGCUCCGUAGAUGUACGAGGUUCCAUUGGAUACGCAGCCCCAGAGUAUGGCAUAGGAAGUGAAGUGUCGACAAGUGGCGAUGUAUAUAGCUAUGGAAUUCUUUUGUUGGAGAUGUUUACAGGCAAGAGAUCUACUGAUGGAAUGUUUGAAGAUGAUUUGAACUUGCAUAACUUUGCUUUGAUGGCUUUGCCUGAACAUCUGGAAGAAAUAUUGGAUCCAAGGCUCUUAGAACCAGAAGAUGAGAGGAUCAAAAACAGUCUUUCCUAUAACAAUCAAAUUCAAAAUCAAAUGAUUCGCAAAUGCUUGAUAUCCGUUAUUGAGGUAGGAGUUGCAUGUUCUGCAGAAUUACCAGGAGACAGAAUGAGCAUUGAUAAUGCUGUUUCAGAACUAUCUCACAUAAGGGGUAUGCUUUUGAAAACCAGGAUGCAAACAAACGAUCAUAUCAUCAACACAAUUUAAGCGGACUACGGGAAAGAUGAUUGGCUCGGGUAAACAAUGCGAUAGUCUUUAUUACAUGUCUCCGUUGCAAAGGAUACCUAUUUCUCAUCAAGUUUCUCACACUCCAGAUCUAUGGCAUAUGCGUCUUGGACAUCCAUCACCAUCCCGUCUUAAAUUGAUUUCUUCAUUGCUAUUUUCCAAUAAUACCUCAUAUGAUAAUAAUUGUACUGUUUGUCCCAUGGCUAAACAAACACGACUUCCAUUUCCUUUUUAAGUUCUGUAUGCUCCAUUUGAUUUGUUACAUUGUGAUAUUAUGGGUCCACAUAAAGCUCCCACACAUUUA